AUGUUGAAAGAUUGUAUUGAUUUCUCCAAGGGUUGUCAAGAAUGUCUUGUACACUCAGGCAUUCAACAUGUCCCUGCAAGUAAAUUACAUGUUAUUGUGAAGCCAUGGCCAUUUAGAGGACGAGCUCUAGAUUUGAUUGGUGAAAUUCGACCAACAUCUUCUGAAAAUCAGAAAUACAUCUUAGUUAGCAUCGAUUAUUUUACAAAAUGGAUAGAAUCAAUUCCUUUAGUUAAUGUUGACCAAAAUGUGAUAAUAGAGUUUAUUCAAAAACACAUUGUGUAUAGGUUUGGAAUCCCCAAGACCAUUUCGACAGAUCAAAGGUCGAUAUUCGUUGGUCAAAAGAUGCAGAAAUUUGUUUAUAAAAUUGGAAUUAAGUUAUUAACUUCGAUGCCUUAUUAUGAUAAAGCAAAUGGCAAGGUUGAAGCAGCCAAUAAGGUCGUUAUUGGUUUGAUCAAGAAGCAUGUUAGGAAGAAGGAAGAGAAUUGGCAUAAAACUUUAGACCAAGUCUUAUGGGCAUGUCAAACAUCUCCUAAAGAAGCAACAAAUACUAUUCUGUUUCGAAUGACUUAUGGACAUGAAGUUGUAUUACCUAUUGAAAUUUACUUGCAAUCAGUCCUAAUUCAAAGCUGGGAUGAGAUUUCAUCCAAUCAUUAUUGGAGUAUGAUGUUACAUGAGAUGGUCUAUUUGGAUGAAGAAAGACUGACAGCGAUGGAUAUCUUGAUAAGACAAAAAGAGCGAGUUGACAUGGCUUAUUGA